AUGCGCCAAGGUGCAUUACCAGAUGACUCGCCAUACGAUCUAUCCAUGGACGCACUACGCCGAGUAACCGAUGUCUUCUUUAAUCGUUUGGCCGGCCACUUCCCGUUCAUAAACGAACACAUCCUUCAUGGCCAUGUCCGGUCUGGGCAGUGCUCCAGCUUUCUUAUCAACUCUGUGGUGGCUGUGACCUUGCGUUUCUGCCCCUUUGAAGUGUUUUCAGGAGGCGUCGAGACGGUGAAUGAGAGCCCAUGGCGCAACGGAGCCUACUUCCUGAAACGAGCAAAGGAACAACUCAUGUCUUUGCUGGCCAUACCCACCACAGAUGUGGUAUCCGGAAUCUUGAUCCUAGCUUGGGCCGAGUUUGGCGACAACAACGAAGCAGGACUGUGGAUGCUGUCUGGGAUGGCUAUCCGUAUGGCACAGGAUAUGGGGCUUCAUAGAACUCCCGAGCAAGAGAACAACCCGACUGUCGCAUUCUGGGAUCGUUCUCCGCUCAGCCCAGAUGGGAAGGGACUUCUAAGCGACGAAAUGUCCAAGAUACAUCAAGCAAAGUCCAAGUUGUUGUUGUUCUGGGCGGUCUUUGCUCUGGAUGUCUCGGUUUCCUUGCUUACUGGUCGACCGCCAACUCCGAAGCGCUCCGAAGUUGAUGUUCCCAUACCAACAGCCCAAGAUUUGAAAGCUACACAGCUCGAUUUCACAGAAUCUGUGUCGAUGAAGAAUAUGAUCUUCCCAGAGGUUGCUAGAUUCAUGCUGUCUUUCUCGGAAGCGGUUGAACUUCUGAACCAGACAUGGCCCGAAGACCACGAUGGUGGAGGCGGCUCACGUGAAUCUACCAAAAGAGCACGACUUUCGAAGGUCAGGGACAACAUCAUGAACCAAUACCACUCCCUCAGUUCGGAGUUAACAUUCACCAUCGAGAACUACAAAAGGGCUGCAACAGAUAAGCAGGCAGGUUUGUUCUUGAUGCUUCACGUCUACUUUUACGCCUUUACAAUACUUCUGUCUCAGGCAGAAAUGAGAGAUGAGACACUGCACUCAUCCGCCGAUGCUUAUGGUGGAAUUCAGCAACCACAGGCUGCUCUGUUAGCCUGUCAAAAGAUUGUACAGAUUUUGAACACUGCCGAACUUAUCGACGACACCGGUUAUCUGUCUACGCCAUUCAUCAAUCAGGGCUUGUUCAUCGCGGCAUCAACCAUUCUGGAAGAGCAACAUUUGAAGCAAGCGAGUUCAGUCGACAGACCGAACAACUUUCUCUCUCUGGUCAGCAGCUCCGAUGUCGACUACCUGUGCCGAAAGCUGAAAGAGAUGUCGCACUUCUUUAAGGGUGUUGGAGGAACCUUGGCGGCGAUUGAGCGGAAGAAACGCGAAAUGCUGCUCAAGAUAAAUCAAGACAACCACGCAAAUGAAGAUGAGGAGUCUGAUGACGAGAAGAAUGAGGUAGUUCAGCUCAGCGAUGGGGGCAUAGUGAACAGAUACUCGAUACCUGAGGGGAGAAGCUAG